AUGGGAAAAAGAGAUUCAAUUAGAUAUAAUUUAUUAACAAGUACGUUGUUUACACAACUUCAGAAUUCUAUAAAGGGUAGUGGAGGUGGAGCUAUUGGUGGAAGUAGUAGCAGCAGUAGUAGCAGCAGUAACAGCGCCAGUAGCAGCAAGAGUAGCAGUAAGAGCAGCAGUGUAAAUAAUAGUACUGAAAGUAUGAUGUCCUGUAUAAAACAGUCACCUUCGACAACCUCCACCCACAAUGAACAGACACCCGAUAGUUUCUACCUUGGCAAUCAGUCGCCAGACGACCAGCGUACAGCCGAUACCUACCAAUGCAGAGUGUUGACCGUUGCAUUCUUCAAGGUUUUCACCAACCAAUCGUUGGUCAACGAGAUUACAAAACAUCUACUGACGAAGCGAUCGAUCCUAUCCGAUUCCAUAUCGUAUCGUCCACUUCAAUAUCUCAAAUACCACCAGAUCAUCUCGGCGGAAUGGAUCAUUACCAACGGAUACAUUGGACUUCUGGUCGACAAACUAAACGGAAAUCGCACAUUGGUGUUUAAUCAGCGUUCAAUUACACUUUUGGCUGGAAAAUGCUUGGAUGCCAAUGUUUUUCAUCGUCUUCUCACCACCAAAUCCGAUUAUUUCAGUGGUAGUUUUCCAGUGAUGGUGGACGCAGCUCUCGAAUAUGGAAAUAUAGAAAUACUACGUUAUUUGGUAGAGGAACAAAACUGUGUAUUACCACCGAAUGCAUUGGAGAUAUCGGUACGCUAUGGCCACUUGGAAACCAUGAAAUUCCUGCUGGCCAAACGAAAGGCUGAUAAACUUCCACUGGCAUCCAACUCGAUUCCAACACUCUUUAAACUCGCUCUUACCUAUCGUCAUUUGCCAAUUGCCCAGUAUCUCUUUGAAAAAGUUGGAUUUUUCCUCUCGGGACCGAUGGAGGAUCUGUUCCGACUGCUCUGCUGCGGUCUACGAGACUUUCCAACUGGUAUUUAUAUCAUGUUCACUCAAAGAAUACUAUCUUUAUUUGUCGGAUUUGUUGGACUACUCGAGUUUACCGAUCAAUCGUGA